AUGCAGGAGUUCAUCGGACGCCCGCCAAUUCCCUUUGCUAUCCUCUCGCAUACCUGGGACAGCGAAGAGGUCAACUUCCAGGCUUUCAACGACAUCGCUACACGCACUGCGGCUAAGGGCUGGACAAAGAUCGAGCGCACAUGCCGUGAAGCCCAGCGAUGCGGGUUUGACUACGUCUGGAUAGAUUCAUGCUGCAUCGACAAAACCAACAAUGCCGAACUGAGCGAGUCGAUCAACUCCAUGUUUCAAUGGUACAGCGAGGCCGACCUCUGCCUCGUCUAUCUUGCUGACUUCGAUGCCAACGCUACCGAUAGCGAGCUCGACACUGUGCUGCAUAGUGCUCGCUGGUUCUCACGUGGAUGGACAAUGCAGGAGAUUAUCGCUGCGCGAGCCGCGCAUUUCUACGAUCGUGCGUGGUGCCAAUUCGGUACGCGAGAAUCUCUACGCGACAUACUCGCAUAUAUUACGAACAUUGAUGUAGAGGUUUUCACCCCACCUGAGGGCCCGGAUGCCAUGAGUACUCGUGACCUGCUUGAUGCUAUUCCCGUCGGCCGUCGCAUGUCAUGGGCAGCAUCUCGUCAAACGACCAGGCCUGAGGAUAUGGCAUACUGUCUGAUUGGUCUGUUUCAGGUCAACAUGCCAAUGCUCUACGGCGAGGGUGGAGAACAAGCGUUUAUUCGACUCCAAGAGGAAAUCAUGCGCGACAGGAAUGAUCUCAGCCUAUUCGCAUGGCGAGCAAAGGAUUCUUCAACGCGCCGUGGAAUUCUCGCCCGCAGUCCGGAUGAGUUUGCUGGACUGCGUGAUCUUCAACUCGAACAGGACAUCAAAUUCAACCCAGACUUUGCCAUGUCUAACAAGGGACUGCGCAUCAAUACCUUCUUGAAGCUUGCUGGAGACAAGUUUCCUGGAGAGGUCAUAAUGCCGCUACACUGCUAUACUGAGAUACCCACGGAUGCGAGUGUGCCGCAAACCGGAGUGUUUCUCAAGCAUGAAGGCGCAAGCGUGUAUGUCCGAACAAGGCCCCAGUCGUUCGCGCUACUGACCGAUUCGACGCCCGUCUCAAGCAGUAAUACAAUUUUCAUAUCCAAACGUGUG